AUGGCCGCCAUUACCUGACCAGCUCUCCAGAGCCAGUCUCUGCGGCAGCCUCUGCAGGAGUUACCAGAGCGGCCAGUGUUGUUCCCCGAGCAGGUUUCUCAUCUGUGGGAAGUGUCCCCUGUCCCCAACGCAUGGCCCAGAGGCAGAACUGACUGUGUCCUUCAGUCUUCGCUGGGAGGAGGCGGCUGGGGUAGGACCAGGGCACAAGAUGUGGCUCCUCGUCCUGCUGGCGUUGCUGCGCUGUCCGGGCUUCCAGGGGAGAGAAAACUCGUUCACCAUCAACAGCGUCCACAUGAACAGCCUGCCCAACUGGACGGUGCUUAAUGGGCAGAACGUGACCCUGCAGUGCGUGGUGGACAUCAGUACCACCGCGGCCGUCAGACCCCAGCACUCGGUGCUCUUCUACAAGGAAGACGUGAUGCUGCACAACGUCUCCUCUUCCCAGACCACCGAGAGCUUCUUCAUCCCCAGAGCGCGAGUCCAUAACGCAGGGACUUACAAGUGCACCGUGCUUCUGAAUAACAAGGAGAAAACCACGCAGGAGUACCGGCUGGUGGUGGAAGGCGUGUCCAGUCCCCAAGUGAUCCUGGAUAAAAAGGAGGUGAUCGAAGGCGGGGUGGUGGCCGUCGGCUGUUCUGUCCCAGAGGAAAAGCCACCAAUGCAUUUCACCAUUGAAAAAGUUGAACUCGAUACCAAACUUGUCAAGCAGAGAAGAGAGAAGACGUCUCAGAACCAGAAUUUUGUGACACUGAACUUCUCCAUCGAGGAGCAGGAUCACGUUUUAGUGUUUCGUUGUCAAGUGAGGAUCAUGUCUGGGUUCCCCGUGCAGACUUCGGACUCUAUCAGGAGUGAACUGGUCACCGUGACGGAAUCUUUCUCUACGCCCAAGUUCCACAUCAGCCCCCCAGGGGUGAUCACAGAAGGUGACCAGGUUCACAUCAAAUGCACCAUUCAGGUGACACACCUGGCCCACAAAUUCCCGGAAAUCAUCAUUCAGAAGGACAAGGAGAUUGUGGCCACCACCAAAGAGGGCAGCGAGGCCGAGUACUCAGUCAUGGCCAUGGUGGAAGACAACGGCAACUACACGUGCAAGGUAGAAUCGAGCCGCAUAUCCAAGGUCAGCAGCGUCCUGGUCAACAUCACAGAACUGUUUCCCAAGCCCAAGCUGGAAUCGCUGUCUACCCACCUGGACCAGGGGGAAAAGCUGAACUUGUCCUGCUCUAUCUUGGGAGGGCUGCCAGCCGAUUUCACCAUCCUGAAGGGAGACACCAUCGUAUCCAUGAGUCCGGAGUUCACCAAGAUCUCCACGGAGUGGGACAGCGGGGUAUACUCCUGCACGGCGGGCGUCGGCAAAGUGGUCAAAAAAAGCAACACGGUUGAAAUCACAGUGUGCGAAAAGCUCUCCAAGCCCAGGAUUUCUCAUGAUACCAGCUCUGAGAUCAUCAAAGGACAUACAUUAAAAGUCAGUUGCCAAUCAAUAAAUGGAACGUUACCCAUUACUUACCGCCUUUUAAAAGCCAAGGAUGUGAUCCAGACUUCUGUGAUAUACUCAAAUGAGCCUGCAGUCUUUGAUGAUAAACCAGUCAAAGAUGCAGUGUACCAGUGCACUGUGGAUAAUUGCCAUUCCCACCUAGAAAUGACCAGUGAUGUUCUGAAGGUCAAAGUGAUCGCUCCGGUGGUCCAGGUCAAACUUUCCAUCCUGUUGAGUGAGGAGGUGGAAUCUGGGAAGGAAAUGGUGCUUCAAUGCUCCAUGGAGGAAGGGACUGCUCCAAUCACAUACAGGUUUUACAAAGAAAAGGAAAAUAGCCCUUUCUAUCAAAUUAUCUCCAAUGAGACCUACGCAUUUUGGCGCAAGCCUCAGGCUAGCAAGGAACAGGAGGGAGAGUACCAUUGCACAGCCUCCAACAGAGCCAGCCUCGCCCAAAAGAGCAACACUUUGACAGUCAAAGUGUUUCUUGCCCCCUGGAAGAAAGGCCUCAUCGCACUGGUUGUUAUUGGGGUGAUAAUUGCUACCUUGAUUGUUGGAGCCAAAUGCUACAUUUUGAAGAAAGCCAAGGCCAAGCAAGUGCCUGUGGAGAUGUCCAGGUCAGUGUCCCCCGCCCCCCACCAUGGGCGGGGCCAUGUUGUGGGCAUGGCUUCAUUGUGGGUGUGGCCGCACUACCCUCUGAGCGUGGACGUGGAGUACACUGAAGUGGAAGUUUCCUCCGUGGAGCCCCGCCAAGCUCUUGGAAGGAAGGGCACUGAGACAGUGUACAGUGAGAUCCGGAAAGUCGACCCUAAUUUCAUGGAAAACAGAUAUUCAAGGACGGAAGGCUCUCUUGAUGGAAUUUAGGACGUCGAAGGCGGAUGCACAUCCCUGUCGACGUCCCCAGAAGAACAGAUGCUUCCUGUAUUUCAAGAGCUCCAUGCACUUAUUUAUGGGCCUGCCCUGCCCCCACCAAGCAUAGCAAUUCCUCAGGCCAAGCCACCAGCUCUUGACUCCAUCCUGCAACGUUCAGGUCAGGCAUAAAGAGACGCAGCGGAGCUGUGGAAUUGCCCACGUGGCCUUCCUUCCAAGUUGGAAGCGCUUUGCAGUGUGGAGUGGCAGAAGCAGCUUCUGGGGAUUCGGGCCACUGAGAUAUUUUGAAACUUGAAUAUUUUGUCUUGGACAGAGAUCAACAAGUGUUUCAUGUGUUCUUUCUAUAGAAACUGGUUUUUGUUUUAGUGUUGAUCACUCCGGUGAACGGCCUGGUCUUGGGGCUAGUUUCUUUGUAUGUUUCUUUCUUCUCUUUUGGCCUUUUGAAGGCCUGGAGUUCUGGACAGCCUCUUGUUCUUUGAAAAUGCACGUCCACGUCGCUGACCAGCUUUACCCUGGGCCUCUCUGACCUUACCCACUACAGAUAGGAAAACAGCUGCUUGGAAAUAGUCACUCCUACAAGACUCCUUGUUUUUCUUCUCUCUCUCUCUCUCUCUCUCUCUCUCUCUGGCUGGUA